AUGUGAUGAACUGUCAUGGCAGCCCACAUGCGUAUCAAAAUUGUGUAAAGGAUACCUGUUCAAUUGAACAAAUUAUCUCAUGUUAGCUUUUACUCGAAUAUGAGACAUUUACUGAGGCUUGGGCCCUCGCUGGCAAGACUAAAUGUGCGGUUGUGCCACCAACGCGUCUGGAACAGCCAUGGAACGAUACGAAAAGUGGGAGUGGACUUGGGUGAGAAGUAAGUUGACAUCUGACUUUGCUAGCUUCAUAGCUUGCUAAUAACAUAACGUUACACAGUGACAACCAGUCAAGCCUGUGGGUCAAGGUUUCAAGUUCAUUAUUCAACGCAGUGGUGUGCUUGUUGGUUUCAAAUUGUCAUAGUCUGAGUCAGAUAUAUUUAAUAAUAAUAAUAAUAAUAAUAAUAUGCCAUUUAGCAGACGCUUUUAUCCAAAGCGACUUACAGUCAUGCGUGCAUACAUUUUUGUGUAUGGGUGGUCCCGGGGAUCGAACCCACUACCUUGGCGUUACAAGCGCCGUGCUCUACCAGCUGAGCUACAGAGGACCACCAUUUAUAAGAAGGAAUAUUACUUAGAAUAUUUCUGUCUGAGUCUUCCUAAAUCUGUAUUGCUGUUAUGAUGAAUGGGUGAUAGACUCCCAUCAAUUCACUCUAACCUCAGAUGUUUUCUGAUUUCCCCUCUUUUAAAGAAAACUUGAGAUCUCAACAGGGAAACUUGCCAGAUUUGCAGAUGGGUCGGCUGUUGUGCAGGUAACUAUAUUUCUGAAUUACUUUUGAGAGUUUGUAAAUGAAUAUGCACAAGAUGUUCAGACCAGUUACUCAGAUGCAUUCCACCUCUUUAUCCAGCUUGGGGAUACAACAGUGAUGGUGACAGCUGUCAGCAAAACAAAACCGUCCCCCUCACAAUUUAUGCCACUAGUGGUAAGUUAAUGCUCCUGUUUUUUUAAGUGGGAUCGUAUUAAUUUAUUUCAAUUGAAUUUAUUUCAAUUGAAAACCUGCUUUUAGUAUUCCAUGCAGGAUUGUUCAUUAUGUGUAAUGAUCUCUUUAGUGUAUUGGGCUAUUACAUAGUGUUUUCAGGUCCCUUGGAGUAAUUCAGGUCCCUUGACUAGAGCUGUGUGUUUUUGAUUGACAGGUGGACUACAGACAGAAAGCAGCUGCUGCUGGUAGAAUCCCCACUAACCACCUGCGGCGGGAGUUGGGCACCACUGAAAAUGAGAUUCUGACUAGUAGGCUAAUAGGUGAGAAGAUUAUUCUAACUCCUAUCCCAUAAGUUCCAUCAAUGCGGUGACUUUUGAUAUGUGUAACUUGGUAAAAAAAAAAAAAAAAAUGAUUUCACCUCAUUUUUACAUUCUGUCAUAAAGAGAACAUGUUCAACUUAAUAAAAAACAUGUUUUCCCAUCUCAAGAGGUUAAAUCAUAAAUGACUAUAGUGAGUGCCUAUUAAGUGCCGAAUAAAGUAACAGUGUUGACAAUUUCAUCUUAAAUCAGCCAUAAAUCCUCUUGUGACAGGGGAAAUGGAAGCUUGUUGUCAAAGUAGUGACUCGCUCCUGCAGGUUCAUGCUCUACAACAUCCAUAGAGUACGACCCAACCUCACACAGGAAGCGGCACAGGUCCUAAACCAGGCACUUGUCCUCUCCCGUCUCGACUACUGCAACUUGCUGUUGGCUGGGCUCCCCGCUUGUUCCAUGAAACCCCUGCAACUUAGCCAGAACGCUGCAGCCCGCCUGGUUUUCAACCUUCCCAAGUUCUCUCAUGUCACCCCACUAUUCCGCACACUCCACUGGCUUCCAGUUGAAGCUUGCAUCCACUACAAGACCAUGGUGCUUACCUAUGGAACAGCAAGAGGAACUGCCCCUCCCUACCUCAGGCUAUGCUCAAACCCUACACCCCAACCCAAGCACUCGGUUCUGCCACCUCAGGUCUCUUGGCCCGGUCACCCAUACGGGAGGGAAGCUCCUGCUCAGCCCAGUCAAAGCUCUUCUCUGUCCUGGCACCCCCAAUGGUGGAACCAGGUUUCCCCUGAAGCUAGGACAGCAGAGUCCCUGACAACCUUCUGAAAACAUCUGAAACCGUACCUCUUUAAACAGUAUCUUAAAUAAUCCUCCUCCUCACCUCGACCCCCCCCCCCUUGAAUACAAGCUUCACAAACAAAAUGAAAUGGUCUUUUUUAGCCUGUCUGUCUAUGGGUAACAGGGUUGAUGUGUUAUGCUCGACCCACUCAGUGUUCCACCAGAAAAUGGCCAAAAAGAGUAGAACCAGCUCACCUGCUUUUACACUAUGAUUUAACUAUUAGAUGUUCAAUGUUUCUUUUGGAAAAAAAUAUUUUAAAAGGAGUAGUUUCACCAUAUUAAACGAGAGUUCAGUUCACGUAACAGGGUUGACCAUAAAAUUAACGUGUUUGUGUGUUUUUUUUACCUUAAAAUGAAUCGCUAAUCACAUGAAAUAAAUAAUCUUCAUAAAUGACAACAAAAUAACUAGGGGUUUACAAUGAUGGAGAAAUGUUUGGGGUAAGUGGGUUAAAAUCUUCCUGGAAUUCAGAGGGUGCACAGCGGGACAUGUCAAAAAGUCUUUAUUCAUAUUAAUAAUCGGAUUUAUUAAAUUCUCCUUGUCGUCUAUAUUAAAAGGCACUUAAUUGAAUAUAACAGGCUUUUAAAAUUCAAUAUUGGUUCACAUUUUCUACCUAAAAUAUCAAAGGCACUAAUUUUGUGGAACAACCCAACUGUUACUCUAGAAUUAGAAUUAAUCCAAUACCAUUAGCAGACUUUUAACUGUAUCCUUUUUUGCUGUCUCACCUCAGACAGGGCAAUCAGACCCCUUUUUCCUGCUGGUUAUUUCUAUGACACUCAGGUGAGUCAUCAUGUGUAGCUAAUGUUAUAAUAACAGUGUAUUUACACUGUUAUUACAAGCUAUGCUCUUGAUUGUAAUACUGCUAUGUAUAUUUUCAGGUCCUGUGUAACCUGUUGGCAGUUGAUGGCGUAAAUGAUCCAGAUGUACUGGCCAUUAAUGGAGGUGAGGAGAGAUUGAUUUCCUUGUAGAAGCAGUCACAUUACCUUUGUUUGGCAUCCAGUGAUUAAAUAAACUAUGUCUCAUCCCUACAGCCUCUGCUGCCCUUUCCCUGUCUGACAUUCCCUGGAAUGGGCCCAUUGGUUAGUAUCUCUUACAGACCUGUGUCCUUUUUUCUUUCUUUGUUGCAGAGCGUGUGGCUUUAACCGUAUGGUCUGUGUUUCUUGGAUGUUUAGGUGCAGUGCGCAUUGGCCUGGUGAAUGGAGAGUUUCUGGUGAACCCAACACGAAAGGAAAUGGCUUCCAGCACUAUCAACCUGAUAGUGGCUGGAGCACCUCUCAGCCAAGUGGGUUAGUAGUCCAUCUAUAUCACACAUCCAUUUUUCCUACAGUCCUCUCUCUUCUACCUUAAUAUCUAUAGUAGAAUGUUACAGUGUGUGUUAUGCCAUAUUCAGUCUCUGUAAAAAAACAAACACGUAUUGUUUAUGUUUUAGUGAUGAUCGAGGCAUCUGCUGAGAAUGUGUUGCAGCAGGACUUCUGUCAUGCAGUCAAGGUUGGCGUGAAGCACACACAGCAGAUCAUACUGGCUAUUCAGCAGAUGGCCAGAGAAGCAAAGGUGUCCAAGCGCACCCCUCCCAAAAUCUUUUCUGCUCCUGCGGUAAUGAUUGAGCAUACACGACAGUAAGGCAUAACAUUUCUGUUUUAAUAUUUCUCAUAUCUGUCAUGUUUUUUUUAUUGAUGGUAACAUGACAGCACACGGUUUUGCUUUCAGGUUGGCCUCUGAAAAGGUCUACGCUGUUUUCACAGACUUCACUCAUGACAAAGUAAGUAUUUAUGUCUGGGUGUUUUUGCUAUUGUGUUUUGGUGGUACUUUUUCAUUCAGUAAGAUUAGUAACUUAUUGUGUCCUUUCAGAUUUCCAGGGAUGAUGCCAUUAACAAAGUAAGGCUUGAAACAGAGGAACAAAUAAAAGGUAUAUAUCAUUGCUAUAUACCAAAUAAAUGUUUGCAACUUUCAAGGUCUUGUGAGUGGUUGUUUACUGUCUAAUUGCCUAAGUAUGUCUGUAUUCUGUAGAGAAAUAUCCUCAAGCAGAACCUUAUGAGGUGAUGGAGUCCUUCAACAUGGUAUCAAAAGAGGUUUUCCGCAAUCUGGUUUUGAACGAAUACAGGAGGUAAAAAGAACGCAUGUCUCAGUAGUAUUUAGCAAAUUGUCAUGAAUACAUGACCAACAUAUGUGAUUGAUGAAUACUGUGUGGUUUGGAACAAUAAAAUAGUUUCCUUGUUUACCUUGUUUUACAGGUGUGAUGGAAGAGACCUGACUUCAUUGAGAAAUAUUUCCUGUGAGGUGGACAUCUUUAAGCCCCUUCAUGGGUCGGCACUUUUCCAGAGGGGACAGACACAGGUAGGGAUCUGGCGUUAUAAAGAAGUAGGUUCAGAGUAGGCAUCCUAUUCAUUUUGGGGACAUUGGAAAGUAUUGACGGAGUCUGAUUUGUUUUGGGUUGUUUGUCAUAUCUUUAGCCUACUUAAUAAAGCCAUUUCUAUCUAGGUUCUGUGCUCUAUAACAUUUGACUCCUUGGAGUCUAGUAUUAAAACAGACAUCAUUACUACAGCGUUAAGGUAAACUUACACUUUAUAAAUUACGGUCCUCUUGAAUGCAAAUUUCAAGCAAGUCUUAAUACAAUUUAUAUGUAGGUUAGAUUAAACUAGUUGCUCUCUUUUAACAGUGGAGUCAAAGACAAGAAUUUCAUGCUUCACUAUGAGGUGAGUAUCACAUUUAACAAAUACGCAGGAUUCAAGGAGGAUUUGCUUAUUAGUUUGGUAUUGCACAAAAAAAACAUCUGAAUGGGCUGAAAUUAUAUUUUUCUAUUUCAGUUUCCACCUUAUGCAACCAAUGAGAUUGGAAAGAUGAGUGGAAUGAACAGAAGAGAGCUUGGUCAUGGUUAGUAUGUUGGCAUAGAUUAGACGACGCGUGGGUAGUGUGGGUGGCAUGGCUAAAUUGAUGUGACUAUUAAAAUCAUAUUCUGCUUCUAUGGUGACAGGGGCACUGGCUGAGAAGUCUUUGAGACCUGUCAUCCCCAAAGACUUCCCCUUCACUAUUAGAGUUACCUCUGAGGUUCUGGAGUCUAAUGGUGAGUUCUAUGGAUGACUUCCAUUUUCCUUGUAAAUUUUUAGACUAUGACUUAUUAUAAGCUUAGUUGCCAAAUCUUAGUCAUUUCAUUGACUGUAUGAUUAGCCCCCGCUCUUUCUUUCUCUCACACACACUCAUUCUCUCAGGGUCCUCGUCUAUGGCAUCAGCAUGUGGAGGCAGUCUGGCUUUGAUGGAUGCUGGUACAGUACUUAAUGUUUUUGAAGUGGAAAAUUAAAAAUGUAAUUUGAUAAUGUUGUUGAUGAUCCUUCUGUUUGCAGUGAAACGUAGCACUUUUGUGUUCCAGGUGUUCCUAUUUCAUCAGCUGUGGCAGGUGUUGCUGUUGGACUCAUAUCCAAGGCAAACCCAGAGAAGCCAUCAGAAAUCCAGGACUACCGAAUAUUGACUGAUAUUCUGGUACCCAAUAUUACUAGUAUUUUUCUCACCAAUCCUACAUUCGUACUGUAAUAAUGGGAUCCCCUGUAGAACUGUUUUAUUUGUGUUUUCUGUCACAACAGGGAAUAGAGGAUUACCUAGGAGACAUGGACUUCAAACUGGCUGGAACAAACAAGGGUAUCAAUGCCUUACAGGUACUGUAGCUGAACGUCCAGUGGUUUCUCUAUUCUGUCGUUUUUUGUUGACUGUAUUUAUUUUUGCUAUAAUGUAUGCCGCCUCCUUCUAGGUUGAUGUGAAGAUUCCAGGCUUACCGCUGAAACUUGUAAUGGAGGCUAUUCAGCAAGCCACAGGUGAAAUGAAAGACAUUCCCCAGAAAUAUAUUGUUUAUGUCACUAUAAAAUAUCGCAGUCACCAAUCCUCAUUUCAUUCUCAUAUCCUUACAGUUGCCAAGAGGGAGAUUUUGGGCAUCAUGAACAAGACCAUUGCGAAGCCAAGGGACAAAAGAAAGGAGAAUGGCCCAGUUGUCGGUAAGAUUCUCUUGGUGUCUAGUCCUUAUUUGAUUCCCAUCAUUUAUGUAUUUUCCUUUAAAGGAAUGUUUCCUGUCUGUUGCAGAAAAUGUCAGAGUCCCUGUCUCCAGACGAGCACGCUUUGUUGGGCCAGGGGGCUAUAACCUCCGUAGACUACAAGCUCAAACAGGUAACAUUUUAAUAUUCUAAAACAACAUUCUAACUCAAUUUGUGUCCACACCAACAAGCUCUCUUCAUAGGUGCAUAGUGUAUGGGAAAAUGACAGGUUGUUUUGUGUCAUUGGAUAGGUGUGACGAUAAGCCAGGUGGACGAGGAGACCUUCUCUGUGUUUGCACCUACUCCUGGUGCCAUGAAUGAAGCCCAGGAGUUCAUCACAGAAAUCUGCAAGGAUGAUGUAAGUCCAACCUAGUCUAAUUCCACUGUAUUGCCUAAUUUCUUACCAUUCCUUAAUGCAUUUUGAUGUACUAUUAGUUAAACAUAAUUGUACUAUAGACCCAUUUCCCGGCCGCGUCAUAAAGUUUUGCACGCUGUUCGUCUUUAAAAACCUCUUUGUUUACCUAGCAGUGGAUACGAUCACGUGCAACUUCAAAUGCACGUGAUUAGAUGGUUAUCGUCUACAACAUUGCAGAUGUCAUCAGAGGAUUGAUUACCUAGCAAGCCAGCGAGGCUUGGUCAAAAAUCACAAAUAGAGCUAGAUAAAGCCAGAAGAAUAAUAUACUGUACUUGUUGAACAUAGCUAUAGCCAUCAGUCUUGCAUGUUUUCAUGGUCAUCACUCACUUACUGUUAAGUUUGUCAAGGUCCCGACAUCAGCAUUUGCUAUCCUGCUACAGAGGUUUUUGAUGUUGGGAUGCGCGCCUUACUCGAACAUGACGUUUGAUGGUAAACAGAAAAGGGCUCUAUAUUAGCUCUCAAAACUCUAGGCGGCAUUCUGCCUUCUCCCUACAGUUCUCAGCCAUUAGCGUCGCCCACGACUGCCUCAUGUGAACUACAAUCCCGAUGCUGUGGUUUAACGUUUAGAAACAUCUAUAAUCAUCGCUUGCGAUAGGGCUUUCCAAACAUAUGGCCCUUAUCUUUCAUCAGCGAGAAAAAUUCCUUAAAAUAAAAAACACUUACUGUAGCAGUUUUGCAUAGAUCCAUACAGCUAUGGGUGCCUCCAUCCGACGAAACUACACUUCCGCUACACUUCCCGAGUUAUGCUUACACACAGGUGUUCGGAGCAUGCUAGAUAGCUCAUUAGCACAGGUGGUCGCCUCUUGUCUUCCGUCUGUUUUCCAUAAACAAACUCUGUAACAUGGAGAUGUGGGAACACUAACCCUAACCGUAUCAAGAUAUGUAUCAAUUUAACCUUUUGUGUUUAGAACAUUAUUUCUUGCUGAAAUGAAAGAUAAGUUCCUUAUGCUUCCAAAACUUUACCGCAAGCGAUGCAUGUUAAUGUUCAUACCGAGUGUCUGGGAUCUUAACAAAACUUCCCCCUACAGAAGACUCCUUCGUCCAGUGGCUCUUAUGUGUAAUGUAAUGGAACUGAGAGUCAUGAUCAAGGGCAAGGAUCUACAGUGAGGGGAAAAAAGUAUUUGAUCCUCUGCUGAUUUUGUACGUUUGCCCACUGACAAAGACAUGACCAGUCUAUAAUUUUAAUGGUAGGUUUAUUUGAACAGUGAGAGACAGAAUAACAACAACAAAAUCCAGAAAAACGCAUGUCAAAAAUGUUAUAAAUUGAUUUGCAUUUUAAUGAGGGAAAUAAGUAUUUGACCCCCUCUCAAUCAGAAAGAUUUCUGGCUCCCAGGUGUCUUUUAUACAGGUAAUGAGCUGAGAUUAGGAGCACACUCUUAAAGGGAGUGCUCCUAAUCAGUUUGUUACCUGUAUAAAAGACACCUGUCCACAGAAGCAAUCAAUCAAUCAGAUUCCAAACUCUCCACCAUGGCCAAGACCAAAGAGCUCUCCAAGGAUGUCAGGGACAAGAUUGUAGACCUACACAAGGCUGGAAUGGGCUACAAGACCAUCGCCAAGCAGCUUCGUGAGAAGGUGACAACAGUUGGUGCGAUUAUUCGCAAAUGGAAGAAACACAAUAACUGUCAAUCUCCCUCGGCCUGGGGCUCCAUGCAAGAUCUCACCUCGUGGAGUUGCAAUGAUCAUGAGAACGGUGAGGAAUCAGCCCAGAACUACACGGGAGGAUCUUGUCAAUGAUCUCAAGGCAGCUGGGACCAUAGUCACCAAGAAAAAAUUGGUAACACACUACGCCGUGAAGGACUGAAAUCCUGCAGCGCCUGCAAGGUCCCCCUGUUCAACAAAGCACAUAUACAGGCCCGUCUGAAGUUUGCCAAUGAACAUCUGAAUGAUUCAGAGGAGAACUGGGUGAAAGUGUUGUGGUCAGAUGAGACCAAAAUCUAGCUCUUUGGCAUCAACUCAACUCGCCAUGUUUGGAGGAGGAGGAAUGCUGCCUAUGACCCCAAGAACACCAUCCCCACCGUCAAACAUGGAAGUGGAAACAUUAUGCUUUGGGGGUGUUUUUCUGCUAAGGGGACAGGACAACUUCACCGCAUCAAAGGGACGAUGGACGGAGCCAUGUACCGUCAAAUCUUGGGUGAGAACCUCCUUCCCUCAGCCAGGGCAUUGAAAAUGGGCCGUGGAUGGGUAUUCCAGCAUGACAAUGACCCAAAACACAUGGCCAAGGCAACAAAGGAGUGGCUCAAGAAGAAGCACAUUAAGGUCCUGGAGUGGCCUAGCCAGUCUCCAGACCUUAAUCCCAUAGAUAAUCUGUGGAGGGAGCUGAAGGUUCAAGUUGCCAAAUGUCAGCCUCAAAACCUUAAUAACUUGGAGAAGAUCUGCAAAGAGGAGUGGGACAAAAUCCCUCCUGAGAUGUGUGCAAACCUGGUGGCCAACUACAAGAAACGUCUGACCUCUGUGAUUACCAACAAGGGUUUUGCUACCAAGUACGAAGUCAUGUUUUGCAGAGGGGUCUCGUACUUAUUUCCCUCAUUAAAAUGCAAAUCAAUUUAUAACAUUUUUGACAUGCGUUUUUCUGGAUUUUGUUGUUGUUAUUCUGUCUCUCACUGUUCAAAUAAACCUUCCAUUAAAAUUAUAGACUGAUCAUGUCUUUGUCAGUGGGCAAACGUACAAAAUCAGCAGGGGAUUAAAUACUUUUUUCCCUCACUGUAUAUCAUCCAAAAGGCUAUGCUUACCCACAUUUACUUUUUUGCAUGGCAGCAAGAGCAGCAGCUGGAAUUUGGUGCUGUUUACACUGCCACCAUCAUGGAAAUAAGGUACCCAAUGUUAUGUGUUAUUGGAGGAUGCUGUUUAAUCUAAUAUGAUGCAGCUACAGCCUGUGGUUUUUAAACAUAGGACUGAUUAAACAUUGGAUUGCUACAUUCUGUCUCCCUUCCGCCACAGGGACAUUGGUGUCAUGGUGAAGCUGUAUCCCAACAUGAGUGCCGUUCUGCUCCAUAACUCUCAGCUGGACCACAAACGGGUAAGAGUCUAGCCCCAGAAUACCAUGCAGGGGUCACAGGACCCUCUACACAGAUUAUGUUUUACAGAUGUUACCAUUUUGGAAAGGGCUGCAUGUGUUGGCUUGUUUUCUGUUUAUUCAUGUCAUUUAUGUUUCAGAUAACAUUUUUGACAGAGUGAAAUAAUUGUAAACUCUGAAUUUGUCCAGAUAAAACACCCAAGUGCUCUUGGAUUAGAGGUUGGACAGCAGAUUCAGGUAAUGUGUUGGAGUAGGAUCAUUCUUCUGACCUUUAGUUGUUAAUCUGAUUGACUUCUUGACUAACAUUUUUUCUCUGAUGGAACUUUGCCAACAGGUUAAAUACUUUGGGCGAGACCCAACAGAUGGAAGAAUGAGGCUUUCGAGGAAGGUGUUACAAUCUCCAGCAGCAACAGUUGUUAAGACACUGAGUGAAAAGCAGAGCAUCAACAUGGGCACAGGGAAUGGCCAAGCGACCAGCACCUCCUCUUGACUCCCCUUGUCCUCCUAGACUGUGUGACCAACUGUCCAUGACCAUGCAUCUCAAGGACACUCUGCAUUCCCCCUGACUUCACUGAACUACUGUUUCUCUUUACUCACCAACAUCCUCCAAUCACCAGUUACUGUACUCUCAUUCUCUGGUGAUUUCAGCAAUGAUAUCAGAUCGGUGGCCAUACUAUUGAGUUUAUAUGCUGUCAAUUUCUGUUAAUCUAUUUUAUACAAUGUGUAAUAAAUAUGUAAAUUAACAAUUUUAAUUGUUUUAAAUUGAAUUGACUUAAAGCUGUGACCGCUCAUACCAUAUUCCAAUCUUCUACAUACUCAUUGUUUUAGUUGUA